AUGCCCUGGCGACGAUCCCCUCUGUGGCUUCUGAUCCAGGUAGUCCUUCAACUAAUUAGCCAAAGACUUCGUGCGAAAUUAUGGGUAACGGAAGAUUUUUAUAAGCACUUCAUGGUAUAUUACAUGAGUAUGAUUCUCAAGGACUACAUUAUGACGGCUAAAAUCGCUCAUCGACCGCGGAAGCUUGACCUGGCCGAUGCUCCUGCCUGGUUCCCAGCUGUUCAAGAUACCCUUAAAAGUGCCAAUAACGCCAUCCAACGAGCUUGGAACAAUAUUAUGUUCCAAAACAGGCUCAAAAUUGAUCUGCACCGCUUGAAAAGUAUUGAUAAACUCCAUCCGACGCUAAAAGAGUAUAACGCCUGUAUCUCGAUGAACAUAUUUGAAUCCCUAGUGUUGCCCCAUCAAUCACAGAUGGAUCGACUGGCCCAGGCAGAGGUUUAUAUGAAACAACGUCAAUCUCGCGUACGAUAUUACGGGUCCGGCAUUUUCAAUGAUAUCGGCACCUCCUCUUAUUUUCCAGUUAGGUUCUUUAAACAGUCCCAGGAACAUCAGAACUUACUGGCAGCAGUCGAAGAGCGCGCCAGACGCGAAAGAGUAGCAAAACAUUUAGAGCUUGAGCGCAAGCAACAGGAGUACCAUGAUUUAUAUGCUCUAUUCAGUGGGAUGGGAUGCACAUACAAUGAUUAUAUUAUUGAUAUGCAUUUUAAUAUUCAUGAGUCUCGCCACAGCCCCUCAUGUAGAAAGUGUGUCUAUGAGAAGCAGGCGGAGUCGAUCAGCAUUGAGGUUCACGAAUGGUCUUUGUCCUCCAACCAUCUCCACGCAAAAUCCACCGUAUUUGAGUUGAAUAAACCUCCACCGUUCGCCUGUGGCCUUUCACCCUUUUUUACGCCCAUCAAAGGUGCUCGAAGAAUUAACCUGCUGUUACAGAAUAAACCUCACCUUGGGACACAUAGGCGAGACAGGAAGAUCAUCAAUGUUACUAGAAAUAAUGUGUGUCUUGACAAUAGAAUGCAUUUCCAGUAUUACGAUGAGACGGCCUGUUGUUUCGUCGUGGAUUUUCAAACUACGAAUGAGAUGACCGUAAUUCCGUGCACCUAUCAGUUACCCCAAUUAAGCUCAUUGCUACAGCAGUUUCUACUCCAACCGGCAAAUAGAAGUGAUGGACCACCACCCAAUACAGUCAUCGCUUCGCUGCAUGCCUACCCAGAAGAUAUGAAACUCGAAGAGUACAGGGCACUGUGUAUGAUGCCACUUGGUAUUCAUAUACAAUGGAAAUAUAUCUUACGCCAGUUAGCCAUACCAUCCGUCAUUUUUAAAAAGGUACAAACUUGCAUCUUCCUUCUACAGAUUAUCAAUCAGGCUGGCCCGACUGGGGGUUCUAUUUUGAGAACUGGACAUACCAUUCUCAAAGAUGAUCGAUUUGUCGCCGCACUGCUGGCCGAAAUCAAAAAUUCAGCAGAUCGAAUCAAAGAGAACUGGGAGUCUGUUGCCAUUGUAAGAGAGAAGGCAGAUAAUACAACUGAACAGCAGCAUCGAACCAAUUUGAUGGCUCAGAGUGUUCAUGUAGCAUUAAUUCGUGUAUGUAUGUUUGACGCGGAGAGGCCUUCUCUUGCUUAUCGCGGAUACCUAGAAUUUCGCCCUGCCAAAGAACCCUGGUGGCUGUCUGACUCGCACUGGAAAUUGAAGAGAUGUACACAACGUGGUUGGUGUCUUGUGAAAGAUGGCAUCAUGUUGGUCAGCUUGAGAAGCGAAACAGCGAAAUUGAUAUCUACAAUCUUAAAUCCGAUUGAAAGGGCCUCCAAAUUGCACUGCAAGCUCGACGUUUUGUCUUCCGUAUUAGAAAUUGAGAUUCCCUAUCUAAGGAUUGGAUUCACCCUUCAAUUGGGACACUCUUCCAUUCGAUCUCACCAGUACCCCGAUAUGGUGAUUGAUGCUGACCAGUCACUAGAGACUCUUGUUGGCCUACGCAACAAACUCAUUAUGCUCCAGGUGAAUAGCCAUGCUCGUGUAGUUCUUGUUCCAGAGGGCAACGUGAUAUGGAAAAAGAAAUCAGAUCAUGUUGCGGUCGAGAUCGGCUGGCAAGCUGUCGCUAAUCUCCAUGCAUAUUCUGUGGAUAGCCAACUAGGUCGUCUGGUCGACAACGGAAGUCUGCAAAGCAAGCUGUUGUUGUGUUACUUCUUUCUGUGUUCCCGACGGCCUCACUUAGAAAAUGGGAACUGA